AGAAAAGGAAAAAGAAGAAGUGGAUGAUCAACGGGCUCGUGAUGAACAUAUGAAUCAUGGCCAACCCUGCCAGGGAGAAGAUAAGCUCUGUAUUCCUUAUAAACUGUAGAUCUUGAACAUCUAGAAGAAACUGGCUUGGAAAGAGUUUUACUUCCGAAAGUGCAGAUGCAAAGAUUAGCAAAAAGCCCUACAAGAAAAGGGUGCAAGUGGGGCGGAUGUCCAUGUUGGAUAAGGAUGCAGGCCGAGUGGCCCAGUAAUUUUGGCUAGCCUGGACCCCAACUGUUAUCACUGCCACCCAAAAUAAUGGAACUGAAAUCAGUUGUAUUUUUGGACUUGUUCUCUACUAACUGUUUUUGUCUAAUCCAGAGUCAUAUACUGGCUGGGUCUCUACAGGAACUGCUUCUUGGAUUUCAACUGCGUGUCACGUGUUUUGCACUCCCAACUGUUGAACUGUGUUUGGUUUAGAACUGCCAGCUUCCUUCCUUCUCCUCUACAAAUUAUAAUAAUUUAAUUAUAGCAUCAUCAUGGUGGUGGUGGUGGACUGACCCUGUUCGACUGGUCACGGACCAGGCCCUCCAAACAAGUGGACCUCUGAUCGUUGGUGGGCUUAAAUAGUGGGUCGGGCCUAAACAAAUUUAGUGUCCACCAGCCCAAUAACAAUUUCCUAAGCACGUAUGGCAUGCAUGCAUGAACUUAUUAGCGACGUCCAAAGCAUAGUGGAAUCAUAGAAUAAAACCCCUGACAUUUGUCUAAUUUCCAUGGAAUAAGGCCCAUUCCCAACUCAAGUUAGAGAUCAUCUACCCUCACAUCAUGGGCCCACGUUCCAUUUCCAGCAAAGGAGCUCUCUCCAGAAGGAAAAUUUCUUCCUUCCGAAAAUGCUCUCCCGAAAUUCAAUGCCCGCCUUCUAUUUCUCCUACCCUUUUUGUCAAAUCACACACUUUUCGCUAGAAAGCUUCCUUUCAGGCUCUAACAAAUUUCCGGGGAAAUAGAAACUUUAAAUAAUUUAAAAAAAAAAAAAAAAGAAACAAAAGGGUAAUUUUCUUUCUCUUGAUUUUCUUCUAUUCAAUUCAAAUUCUUGGGUCUUUCCUUACUGAUCAAAAUUUUUUAUAUUAUGACCUUUUAGUUUUAUUUUUUUCGCAUGGAUCAAUUUGGUAUGUGAAUGAAUCGAUGGAAGUUGCAACAGAGUCUGAUGGAUCUUUUCCAGCUAUGGAACCACAAUUAACGGCUAGGAGAAAAUGCAGGCCUCGCCCAUUGCACACUUGUGCAGUCGCCCUUCUAAGCAUAGCCCACAAGGCCUACCAAAAAGCAGAGCAGUUUCAUGGUCCCAUAGGCUCCCUUGCAAGGAGACUGGCCUCACUUGCCAGCCCCAUUACCUGCCUCAUUCUACAUCAGUGGCUACUAAUCCUCUCCUUCGUCGACAACCAAAUCAUAUACCUCGAAAAUACAGCUGAGACCAUUUUCCCGCCCUCCAGGCAUGUGUUUGACAAGAUUGACAGCCUGGUUGAUAUUUCUGAGGCCCUUCCGAGAAGAUUUGAUGACGCCGUGGUCCAUUUUCCUAUAAUGCGACACAAUGUACCCACUCUCAACUGGGUCGCAACUUAUCUGAGUAUGGUACUCAACUUCUUAAUCUUAACGGUUGGGGAUUGGUCUUUUAAUGGUACGAAGGAGAAGGAGAUUCUCGUUGAUGUGAAUUGUGGUGAACCUGUACAUGAAACAGCACCAGAGAAACCACAUGAUCCAAAAGGAGCUGAAGUUAUCCAAAAACAAAACACCAUUGAGAAGUCGAUGAUUGCUGGUGAUAAUCAAUGUGUUGAAGCCAAGGUUCGGAAGAAGAAAAAGAAGAAGCCCCGGGCUUGCGACAUCGAAGACAUGAAGGAAGUUGAAAGCAAGUGCAAAGCGAUCUUGGGUGUGGUAGAGAAUAUGGGUAAGGUGGAAGAAGGUGGUAAAAAUGGUCAGGACAAGUCCGCAUUUUUCAUUCACGAAUCACAUGCAAAGGGCCGUGAGAAGCCAGUGGCCCACAUCCAUGAACCGGAUACACGUGGGGCCAGGCACAUAUCGGGGCAUGUGGAUGAUCCGAUUCUAGAGCUCUUUGAGGCAGGGUGGCACAUCAAGUGAAAGUGUAGAUUUGUGGUGUCUACUUUGAGACAUUGUGUGUGGUUUGGUCCAUGUAUAGAGCUUUUGUUUUCUUCUUCGCAAAUAUUUGGGCACGUUUGGUUGCUCAUUUGAACUGAAUUGUAAUUCAUUAAACUCUUGUAGAGGAAAUAAGAAAAGUGUUGGUGACAUUUUAA